UUAGAGCAAUUUCUUGCCUAUCUAGUGGUCAUGCAACUAUUCAAGAAGGCUGCCUCCUCUGCUCAACAUGCCCCUGGCCAGACUCUCAUGGAACAACAACUUUGCUCAAGGCUAGCUGUGACCUCAGGAUGACUACAGAGAGGCUCACAUUUUGCAGCGAGCUCAUUCAGGCCUCACCAAAGCAGUACAUUAGAGGAGGUCAAAUGGCUGCCCUUCCCUGCAUGACCACGUUUUUCCUGGUAUCCUCCACUUUGGCACAUAUUGUUUUUGCAGGUAUAGUCAAACCACGUGACCACUCUAGAUGGCCUAAGCCCAAUUGUAAAAUGUACUACCCAGUGGAUCCUUCUUAUGACUCAACCUGUCCUGAUGUAACAGCAUAUGUUUGUGCUACAAAUGGCCAGACUUACCAGAAUGAAUGUUUUCUUUGUCUUGCUCAGUGGGAAUUGGGUCAUCGUAUUAAAUUUGAUAAAUAUGGAAAGUGUUACUAAUGGGUAACAGAGUACUAUACUUGUUUAUUCUCUUUACUAAUUCUGAAAAUUAUUUCUUUUGGAAUCUGAGGGUGUAAUAAAUAACAUACCUCUAAGCUGUACCCAAAUCUGGAACAAAUGAUAAACAAACAAAAGAAAACGAAUGGACAGCUGAAUGUUACAUUUAUCACAAACACAACAAUGAAAGAGGUGGUAAAUAUUCAUCUCUGGGCACUGAUUGUUUGAAGUCAGCUUUCGUUUUGCUUAGGUCUGAGGUAUGUUACCCAGUGGUCUCACAAACACUUUCCUGAAUUCAGUUUACCCCACAGCGCAGGGUCAUCUGCAGGGUCAUCUGCAGGGUCAGACCCUGCCCCGCUAAUCUCACUUAAAGACACGAGCCAAAGAGAAACUGUCCCCCUCACAUGUGCACACAGUUGUUUCAGGCUUUCUGCCUCAUAUUCAUGAAUGAAGCCCACCUUCAUUAAGAGAGGAAAAGGUCCACAUGCUAACAGAAGGAGAGCUAAGAGUUUUGGAGAGAAAGGGAGAGAGUGGAUACCAUCUGAUCCCCUAGUUCCAGCAUACCUAAUUCUCACUCCAUCCCACCGUUCCCAUUACAUCAGUCAAUGAAUUCCCUUUUAUUUUCUUUGCUUAAUAUGCUCUAUAAUCUGUCACUUAUAGCUGAAAGAUCUUGACUAAUAUAGGGAAGUGAAGUCACUAUUAUACUUGAGGCCGGGGAAAUGAAGUGAAAAGCUCUGUGUUUUUACCUGGUGUGGCCAAUAGAUGUCAGCGUUACUCAUCUAACUUAAUCAUUUAACCAGAAGAGUCCAGAAAGCACACAAUUCUACUUUCUCCAUCACCUAUCCAGCUAAUACACAGUCCACCUGUGCCAGGAUGGAGACCCUUGUCGUCUUAUGUCUUCCUUACCCCUGUCCCCAGUGCCCUUGGUCAGUAGGGUCCAUCUGAGUGGCUCUCUUUGGAGUUGAUGCAAUAAAGUUUCAGGUAUUUCAA